GCUUCAGUGUAAUAAUAGCGGACGUGACAUUGUUGUUGAAAAUAAUCAUCGCGCAUAACAAACUUUUGUUUAUUUUGACCAAUAUUUCGAUGCAAAAGCUUAGUCUUUUAGAAAAUAUUACAACAACCAGUGUUGCGUCUAAAUUAAAAUACUACACUUAACAAUUCUGCUCCUGCUAUAUUUUGUCAACAUAAACUUAGUGAAUCAGAUAUCGUCCGCUCUAUCCAUUUCGAACUCUACCAGUGUUAAUUUUGGGCGGCGACUAAACAAACGCUUUAGUCCAAAGUGAUGCGUACCGCAGUGUAAAUGAACAUUAUGUUAUUGACUAGCAAAAUAUGAAUUAUAUCAAAAUGUGGUGUACUUUGUUUUUCUUGUUGUCUGUUUGUUUACAUAACACCAUAUCCCAGAUCCAAUAUUUAGACACUACGGAAGAGGUGUAUAAUAUUGCGGGUAUAUUUGAAACCAAUGCAAAGGUGCAGACUCUGGCAUUCAACGAGAGCACUCCACACGCUAACUUAGACAAUAGAAGACUCAACCCCUCUCUUAUAUAUCCUCCUAGAACUGAUAGCUACUCCAUCUGGAGAGAACUGUGCAAACAUGUUGAUAUAAGGCCUAUAGCACUAUUCGGGCCUCAAAGCGCAAUAGGUGACGGAGCAGUACGUCUUCAGUGUGCCAUUGCCCAAAUUCCACAUCUGCAAGCAACCUGGCAACCCUUUGACCCUGACGUUGAGCGUGAAGAAGAAGAAGAAGAACCAGAAGCUGAAGAACAACAACCAACUGAAGAAGAAACAAAUGAUGAAGAAAGUGAAAACGCUGAUAGCAAAGUUGAAGAGGAACUGCCAAUAUACAAAAAUAUAACAAUCAACUUUUAUCCCGAUUCUAAUGAAAUAUCGCUGGCGUACGCAAAACUGUUGAAAUAUUACGGAUGGACAAAUUUUGCUGCCCUAUAUGAAGAUGAUUUUGGUUUACUUCGUAUUCAAAAGAUUCUAGCGGAGCAUACAGACCAGUAUCCACUUUUUAUACGCAGAUUAGACCCUGAAGGUGAAAAUCACGAGGUUUUUAAGGAACUUAUGAGCUAUCAAGAGAGCCGUAUCAUUCUAGAUUGCCAUGUAGAUAGAAUCAUGAAGUACAUGAAUAUUGCAAAACAUUUAGGAAUGAUUGACUUUUAUCAGCACUUCAUCUUAGUAUCGUUGGAUGCGUCGGUCCACGCUGACAAACUUAUCCAGUUCCAGUCCAAUACAACUUGGCUGAGUCCCACAGAAUAUGAUAAAUUAAGCGACGCUCAACAUUUCCUAGCUUCAAGAGUCGGCGCGUGGAAACCCAAUGGAGGAUCACCUCCAGUUAGCAGCUUCCAGCUCGAAGCCUUACUGAUGGUAGACAUGGCAAACCAUGUCAUAGAAUCUGUAAGAGCAGUAGAACAACAAAAAGAACUGACUAAAUUGCCUGACCCUCGAUACCACGUGUGUGAUCCAGAAUUGACACCUUGGGAAUAUGGUGCUACUCUUCAGAAUGAAAUGUUAAAGAGACAAACAAGUGGGGUGACCGGUAAUAUCCAGUUCGACGGCACCGGUAAAAGGAUCAAUUACAACCUCUAUGUCAACGAGAUACAUAUGCUCAACCGAAAGACUAUCGGUCGGUGGGAAUCUGCCAAUGGAGAUCAGAUCAUAGUGGAGAGCAAUUACACGGAUUCUACUAGCAAUGACACAGCCAACAAGCAUUUUAUUGUGAUAUCUCGAAAAGCCAAACCUUACUUUUACGACAAGGAACCGUGUGUUGAAGAAAACGAAGAAAAAUGUGAGGAUGAUGGUGAAAAAUACGAAGGAUUUUCAGUAGACCUGGUGAAAGAAAUAUUCAAAUUAUUAAAUGACGAAUGGAAGCACAAAUAUACAUACGAGUUCUUCUUCGAAACAGACCUAAAGUACGGUUCGUAUGACCCCAAAACGAAGAAAUGGACCGGACUUAUUGGUCAACUACUUGACAAAAAAGCUGAUCUAGCGGUGUGCGAUUUAACUAUAUCGGAAGAGCGAAAAAAAGUAGUAGACUUUUCAGUACCAUUCAUGACGCUGGGUAUUAGUAUCCUUUACACACAGGAACACAAAGUACCACCUGAAUUGUUCUCUUUCUUAAACCCGUAUUCUUUUGACGUUUGGAUGCAUACAGCAACGGCCUACUGCGUCGUAUCUAUUGUCUUAUUCAUCUGCGCCAGAAUAUCACCAGCCGACUGGGAAAACCCACAGCCUUGUGAUAAAGAUCCUGAAGAGUUAGAAAACAUAUGGAACUUCAAGAACUGCACCUGGUUGACCAUGGGCUCCAUUAUGACCCAGGGGUGUGACAUCUUGCCCAAAGCCUUCGGCAGCCGCUGGGUGUGCAGUAUGUGGUGGUUCUUCGCCGUCAUCGUGUGUCAGACCUACAUCGCCCAGCUGUCAGCGUCCAUGACCUCUGCCAUGGAGAACGAACCCAUCAACAGCGUGGACGACCUGGCUAAUCAGAACAAAAUCCUCUACGGAGCUAUUGCUGGCGGGUCUACUUUGGAUUUCUUUAAGAAUUCCAACGACAAGAUCUAUCGCACUAUGUAUAAGAACAUGAUAUCCAACGAUGGUGUGCUGCUGGUACGAAGUAACGAUGAAGGUGAGAAGAGAGUCCUCGACGGUCACAACAAGUACGCUUUCUUCAUGGAAUCCACCACCAUCGAUUAUAAACUGAAGAGAAACUGUGAGCUGAAAAAAGUUGGCAACCUUUUGGAUUCCAAAGACUAUGGAAUCGCUAUGCCUGCUAACUCACCAUUUAGAAGUGAAAUCAACAGAGCGAUAUUGAGAUUAAAAGAGUUAACCAUUUUGGAUAAAAUAAAGGAUAAAUGGUGGAACGAGAAAUAUGAUGCAAAACCUUGUGAGGAACCAGUAGACCAAAAUGACGUGGAAGGUGACUUGGAAAUGGAGAAUUUAAUGGGAGCCUUCGUUGUCCUUAUCGUGGGACUGGUGUUCUGUUUGUUUGUCACCGCUGCUGAAUUCUUCGACGAAGUUCGCAACAUUGUUGUACGAGAACAGGUCACCCACAAGGAAGCAUUCAUCAAAGAGCUGAAGGCGUCGCUGAACUUCUUCCAGCUACAAAAGCCAAUCCUGCGCAAUCCGAGCAGAGCGGCCUCUAUCGCCUCGAUCAAGAGCCAAACCGAAGAGAGACAAGCAAGGCGUGCGCAAACUUUAGAAAAUUUCCUCGAUUUGGAGAAAAUAACACAAUGAAUCUGUCUCUCAUUUAUUCAUAAUUAUUUGAGUGUGUGACAGGAUUUGAUACGGCAAGCAUUUCUUUUAAAACGGAACUCCGGUGCGUUCGCUUUAUUUUCCCUCUUUGUCGAGCGAGUUUUGAUGUAUUAUGAAAUGAAAAUAAAUCACAACUGCAAUUAUUUUAUUUCAUUUAAAAUAUUUUUACUAUGUAGUGUCAUUAUAAUUGUAUUUUGAACUGUACAAACGCAACGUAGAGCCAGUCGCCGUAGCGAGAAUCGAUUUUCGGGGAGUCGCUGUCAAGGAUUGAUUCAUUAUAUUCAUUAUCUCCAUCCACGCAACAAAACACUAACAACUGUGUAAAGUUGCACAUCAGCUACUUUUCGUCUACCUUGCUCUAUUGAACGUCACAUAGAUUUUGAGCUAUCCCAUGAUAAUUCUUACUUUGCUUAAUGCGAUACAUUUCUAAAGGAAGUGAACAUAAAACAUGUUAGAAUGAUUCACCCAGUAUAACAUUGACAUUAUGACCCGAGUAAAUUGUAUGUUAUAUAUAUCGAGAUCGACUUUGUUUUGACGGCGGCGGAUGAUAUACGUAAGAUAAUUUUAUUUUAAAUCACAGUACAUUUCUAUGACACCGUGCACACUAAGCUAAGUAGGUACUAGCUACUACGCUCAAAUUAAAUUGGGAUUUGUUAUUAUAAGCGGCCUUUGUUACUUAUAAUAAUUAUUACUUACAAUAGAGAGCAUAACAGUCAUAAUGUAUAGUACAAUCAAUUCAAUAAAAGUUGUUAUUAUUAGAUUAAAGAUUUGUUUAUUAAAUUGAACUGAGAAAAUUA